AUGACACACCCAUCUCGUCUGCUUAAGAAUGGAAAACGCCCUCGAGUCGUUACUCCCGAUGGUACUAUUGCGUCAUCUGACUUGGUGGAUGUUGUUAAGCAAAGAAGGAGAAUAAGGAAUCAAGGGAACGUUUGCCGAGGUAUGAGGAAAAAGAAGCCACCGUUCCCUCUGUUCCCGCUAUUGAAUCAAGCUCUAUUUCUUAUGAAGAAUUCGAAAGGAAACGAUCUAUCAUUAUUAGUGGGGUACCUGAAAUUGCAUUCUAAUAAUCUUUGUGAUCGGAUUCAUUAUGAUUCCCAGAGUGUUCUUAACAUUUUGAUUCAUUUGAAUAUUGAUUGUUUUCCUGUCUCCGUUUACAGGCUUGGGAAAUCGAUUCCUGGCAAAAAUAGGAUACUUAAGGGGGUUGUCAGGAACAAGAUGCUUAGUGACUCUCUUUUAUGCCGGCGAAAGAAACUAGAUUUGUUGAUGGUGUUCAAAAUACUGACGGGCAAAGUGUCUAUUGAUAGGCGUGAUCUUUUCACUCUACUCCCCUCUCUUACCAGAGGAGCUAAAUCCAAACUAUCUGUGCCCAGGGCGAGGACAAGC